CGCGCGCGGUGAGCUGCAGCGGCUUCAGCGCUUCUCUGACGCACCAUCGGAGAUGAGCAUCCCAGUCCCACAGGCUGUCAAGGCACAAUCUCUCAACAUCUCCCCCUCGGACCUCUGCGGUCAAGAAUUCAACGUCAUUUGUUUUUAGUCUGUUUACCGUGUCGCUUCGUUGUCUCGUAAUCCGUCAGAUUCAGCACUGCGUUGGAAGGGAUGCCCACAGUUGCCAUCUCUUGGCUUGGAAUUUACUUCGGAGGUGAUUUCUGUAUCCGCAACAACUGUCAAGGAAAGUGAUUGAUCCCUGACUACUCUUAGGAAUCUUUUUGUUUUCGGGGCAUCCUGCAGGACAUUCUUCUAAGAUAAGUGGUUCAAAUUAAAGGUGAAGAGGGGUUGAAUUAGAGGGCUGCUGUGACAUGAGAUCGUUUGGAUGACGGACAACGAGAGGCUAUAGCUUUGCCACUGCAACGCGAAUUUCUGCGCCCUUGGAAUAUUCGGAUAGAGGCACUGUUAUAGAGUAGAAACAUUUUUUUUAUUUUUCUCAGUACAGUAAUAAUCAAUACGACGAGUUUGGGCACUGCAGGGGCUGCUGCGGCUUUCGUGUCUGAAAUACGAUUUCCUUGACGGGCGGGCGUCUGAGCAUCCCGGACUAGCCCGACUCUGCGAUGCCCAAACAGUGAGGGCACGGUGGGAUCUCACUUGGUCACCCUGCACUGUAGCAUGGCUCCAGCCCGGAGGGACUGCAGCGGCUGGGAGAUGUUCCUCCCAACGGGAUGUCUGCUCCUCUCUGUUUUGCUAUUUCACCCUGCCCUGGCCAAGGUGUGUAACGACCGCACCAAACACGGACAGGACAACAGCUGGUUCGCCAGGGACGGGGAAAACUUGCCCAUCAUGGUGCUUAUGCCCAUGAACGAGUCGGCCCUGAUGAGCGGCAUCAGCCAGGGCAUCGAGCCCGCGGUCCAACUGGCCAUCCAGCACAUACGGGAGUCCAGGAAGUACUCGUUCUCACUCAUCACCAAAAUCUAUGACACCGAGUGUGACAACGCCAAGGGGCUGAGGGCCUUCUUCGAUGCCAUAUGCUACGGCCCCAAACACCUGAUGAUCUUCGGCGGCGUGUGCCCUUCAGUGACCUCCAUCAUCGCAGAGUCUUUGGAGGGCUGGAACCUGGUGCAGCUUUCCUUUGCAGCAACAACUCCAGUCCUGGCAGAUAAGAAAAAGUACCCAAACUUCUUCCGCACCGUCCCAUCAGACAACGCCGUGAACCCUGCGGUGGUGAAGUUCCUCACCUUCUACAACUGGAGCCGUGUGGGGACGCUCACUCAGGAUGUACAGAGGUUCUCCGAGGUGAGAAAUGAUCUAACAAGUGAGCUGGAGAAAGCAGACAUCCAGAUUGCAGAUACGGAGAGUUUCUCCAACGACCCAUGUGUCAAUGUCAAGAAACUCAAGGACAACGAUGUGAGAAUCAUCAUUGGCCAGUUUGACGAGAAUCUGGCCUCCAAAGUCUUCUGCUGCGCGUAUAACCUCAACAUGUUUGGCAGUAAAUACCAGUGGAUUAUCCCCGGCUGGUACCAGGGCAACUGGUGGGAGCAGGCCAACAGCACCAACUGCACCACCAAGAAGCUGCUCACAGCCAUGGAGGGAUACAUCAGUGUGGACUUUGAGCCGCUCAGCGCUCGCCAGAUAAAGGGCAUCUCAGGCAGAACCCCGAAGGAGUAUGAGAGGGAGUACAGCCGGGAGCUUCAGCAGAAAGGUGUGGAGUCCAGCAAGUUCCACGGCUUUGCCUACGAUGGGAUCUGGGUCAUCGCUAAAACGUUAACUCGAGUGAUGGAACUGCUCCGGGUAAAACAGCGGCAGAACACCUUCCACAACUUCACUGUGGAUGAUCGUGAAGUGGGGAAAAUGGUGCUGGACGUCAUGAACGAGACCAACUUCUUUGGUGUCACGGGCCAAGUCAUGUUUCGGAACGGAGAGAGAAUGGGCACAAUCAAAUUCAACCAGUUUCAAGAGGGCAGGGAGGUGAAGGUGGGAGAAUACAACGCCAUUGCUGAUGUGCUUGACCUCAUCAACAACUCUAUAAGGUUCCAAGGCGUGGAGCCUCCCAAGGACCGUACGUUUGUGCGUUUGCAGCGGCGCCACAUCAACGUUCCGCUCUACAGCAUCCUGUCCACCAUCACCAUACUGGGCAUGCUCAUGGCGGGGGCCUUCCUGUUCUUCAACAUCAAGAACCGCAACCACAGACUAAUCAAGAUGUCCAGUCCCUACAUGAACAACCUGAUCAUCCUCGGAGGAAUGCUCUCCUACGCCUCCAUCUUCCUGUUUGGCCUGGAUGGAGGUUUCGUCUCUGACAAAGAAUUUGAGACCCUCUGCACUGUGCGCACAUGGAUCCUCAUCGUCGGAUACACGACAGCUUUUGGCGCCAUGUUUGCCAAGACGUGGAGGGUGCACGCCAUUUUCAAGAAUGUGAAGAUGAAGAAGAAGGGUAAAAAUCCCCACAAUGCUUUGCGCACGGACCAAUUUCAAAAACCCUUGCUGAACCGACGCAGCACACAUUUAAAUGCGGACCCCCAAGGCCGAGACAUAGCCAUCCGUCCAUUCUUGGAGCACUGUGAGAACACCCACAUGUCCAUUUGGCUGGGCAUUGUUUAUGCCUACAAGGGACUGCUAAUGUUGUUUGGCUGUUUCUUGGCAUGGGAGACCAGGAAUGUGAGCAUCCCCGCUCUCAAUGACAGCAAAUACAUCGGGAUGAGUGUCUACAACGUGGGCAUCAUGUGCAUCAUCGGUGCUGCUGUGUCCUUUCUGACCAGGGACCAGCCAAAUGUCCAGUUCUGCAUCGUGGCCCUGGUGAUCAUCUUCUGCAGCACCAUCACGCUCUGUCUGGUCUUCGUUCCCAAGUUCAUCACCAUGAGGACCAACCCAGACGCAGCCACCCAGAACCGGAGGUUACAGUUCACCCAGAAUCAGAAGAAGGAAGACUCCAAGACCUCCACCUCCGUCACCAGCGUCAACCAGGCCAACACCUCGCGCCUGGAUGGCCUUCAGACUGACAACCACCGCCUCCGCAUGAAGAUAACAGAGCUGGACAAGGAGCUGGAAGAAGUGACCAUGCAGCUGCAGGACACCCCGGAGAAAACCCCCUACAUCAAACACAACCAUUACCCUGACGCCAACAACAUCCUCAGCAUACGCAACUUCACAGACGGAAAAGAUGGAGAGAAGUCGAUACUGAAGAACCACCUGGAGCAGAAACCUCAGGCUCAGUGGGGCUCCAUGGAUCCUUCCAGAAUAAACAGAGGUCCCCUGGAGGAUAUCAACUCCCCCGAACACAUACAGCGCCGCCUCUCCUUGCAGCUUCCCAUCCUGCACCACGCCUACCUGCCCUCCAUAGGAGGGGUGGACGCCAGCUGCACCAGCCCCAACGGCAGCCCUGGUUCCAGCCCACGGCACAGACACAUGCCCCCCUCUUACCGGGUGAUGGUCUCUGGCCUGUGAGCUUCCUUCACCCCCCCCCACCUGGCUCUUUGCAGAGGAGACAUAUAUGGUUCUUUUUUUCUACAACAAAUAGACUGAUAUCAUCAGCGUUCGUGCGUAUUUUGUCUCGCAACAAGGAGGACAGGGGGAGAAGAGAGGAAGGUGGGGCCGAGUUUCACUCUUCAUACUUCUCUUCACCCCUGCCUCUCUUGAGAACUGGAACCCUCAGUCAGGAAGGGGUGGGAGGAGACAGAGUGGGCACUGGAUGACACUAACAAACUCCCAUGAUUCACAGCAAUGUCCCCCUUGUUCAUCUGCUCCCCUUGCCCAGGCAUAUUCACAUAUUCACAGUCAAACAAACACAAACAUAUAUACAUAUGCACAAACACACUGACCCCCGAUCAGAGCAGCGUGGACUCCCUGACCUGUGUGUAGCCUUAUCUGCUUCAGAGGGGACCGCCUGUUUCUGCUCCUUAUCUGUUGUUCGUAUGACUCGUCAUCUAACUGGAGUAUUUCACCGCUUCAGUGACUAUAUACCGGUGAGAAGACGUUGAAUUUACAAAAACCCAACAAAGGAAAAUCAUCCAAUUUACUCCCUGAUCCCUUCCCGUUCUUGUGGAGACAUGUAAAUACUAUAAUUUCUGACUUUGAUGUACUGUAAGCUUUGUAUAUGCUGUGAAUGGACAAUUAAAAGGGGUUCUAUGUGUAGACGUUGUGAGAGAGGCAGGCAAUCAUGACAAGGCAACCUACAAAGAAAUAGGCUUAUGAAAGAGAUCUGAAUCGGUUUGUGUUACUGUUGAUAGAUUAGCUUAUGGGCAGCAAAGUAAGAUACAUCUAAGCUUGUGAGUCACUGAACAGGAAGAGGCACCAGAGGCCUGUUGCUCUAACACAUGGCUCUUUUUUCCCACUUUGCUAAAUUUGCACCACUGGUUCCAUCAGAGAUUUCACAUCAAACUUUGCAUAGAUCUUUCAUAUUUUAAAAUAUGCUUAAUAUGUCCUCGGAAAGCAUGUUAUACAGAAUAUUGAUGCUUUGCCUUUUAACAGGUCUCCCAGGCUGCAUAUGUUAGCAAAUCGAGCUAUGAGGCACCGUAAGAGUGUUCCACAGUUAUUAUUUAUGUGUGUUAUAUGCCAAGAAAUGCACACAUUCAGAUGAACACUUAAGAGAGCACCUUAUUCACUCCGGUGCUUUUCAGACGGGCCUGGUCAUAUUGACCCCCACAGAGGGGUCUCUACAGACGGUUGGGACGUCCCUCUGAUCGAGCCCUCACAGUUAACCAGCACAGACACGGGGGACGGGUUCACGACAAGGAAAUACCACUAAAGAAGUGAUGCUGGAAAGGAUGUAGGUCUACCAGUUCCACAACAAGUUUGGAUGAAAUGGCUGACCUGAAUUUCCACGAGUGGUAGUGAAGACGAUGAACGCCCCAAGUCGGUGAAGACACCACUGCUGGUCACAGUGAAAGAGCAUAAAGCACAGACACAGGGCUUUCUGUCGUAUUGAGUGUCAAGAAAAAUCACUUCACACUUAGCAACAGUGAACAUACCUCAGUUGCUAUGGAGAUGUUAUUCAGUGCCGUUGAACUGGGCCCAAAAAGGCUGCACUGAGCAAAACAGUCGUCGACACGGUGUCGUCUUUUUUUCUUUUUUGUAUAACUGUCCUCAUGCAGGAGAAAAGCAAAGAGAGCCUCCGGACAAAAAAAAAAAAAGGACUUUCUAUAGAGUGUGAGAAGGUUUGUUCUUAGCAUAUGUUUCACCAUUGGUGUCUUGGUUUUUAGUUUUUAAGGCGUUUGUUGAAAGCUGUGCCUGUUGUCUUAUAUUGUAGCCUGCAGGACCCACAGUACAUUAACAGGGGGAGACCCAGAGAACUACAACCACAUCUGUAAACUGAACAGCGUGUCAUAGGUCUAUUUCAAUUAAAUGUCUCAAUGCAUGGGACAGAGUGGGAGGACGUGGCCAAACUCCACUUCUGCGAGUCGAUGUCUGAUCAGAAACACUGUCUUCAGCUGUAAGGCCGGAUACAGAGUCGGAGUGAAGCUAGCAGACGUCCACCUGCUGUCGGACAUAUCAGGGUGACUUCCCCUCAGAGCUCCUCCCCUUCCAGCCCCUGCUGAGCACAGGAGCAGGGAAACCCCGAGCACAGACCUCCCAGGAGUCACGGCUUCUCCCGCACCUUUGCCAACAGAGAAUCACGAGUCACUUGAGAAGCGAGUGCGAGACAUUGUCAGAGGGUUGGAUCUUCCUACGGGAGAAGAAAACCCAACUGCACAUUUUAUAUAUUACAUUAUAUGUGAUUGUGUACAAUUUGCUGAUACCCCGAUGAUGGUGUCCAUGUAUGGAAUAUUUGGUAUUUGGCUUUCUCAAGACGGCAUGAAAUGAAAUGUAUAAUUCACAGAGGUAACUGUUUUUUGAAAACUGUCGUGACAAAUCCACUCUGUCGUUUCAUCCUCUCACCUACGAUUUGGAUUUUUAAAUUAACCUGUUGAUCAGCUCA